AUGCCAGGUGUAAAGUCGUUCGAAGUUUCCGAACCGCUGGCAGCCAGUUUGAAGGGAUUUGCGUUGGCAAACCCUCAAUUGACGUUUGUGGAGCACGAAAACGUGUUUUUCCGCAAGACAGACCCUAAGAAGAUCGCAGUGCUUUCUGGUGGUGGCUGUGGCCACGAACCUACCCACGCAGGAUUCGUGGGAGAGGGCCUGCUGGGUGGCGCCGUAUGUGGUGACAUCUUUGCCAGUCCAUCGACCAAGCAGAUUUUGAACGGUAUCAAACUGCUCAACAGUCAGUCCAGCGGUGUUCUGCUGGUGGUGAAGAACUAUACCGGCGAUGUGCUGCAUUUUGGGCUUGCCGCGGAACGCGCGCGGGCCUUGGGAAUCAAUUGUAAAGUGGCUGUCGUCGGAGACGACGUCGCCGUUGGCAGAGAGAAGGGUGGUCUGGUCGGUCGCAGAGCGCUUGCCGGAACGGUGCUGGUGCACAAGAUCACCGGUGCGUUUGCUGAGAAAUUCUCGGACAAGCAUGGGCUCGAAGGGACCGCUCGUGUCGCCGAGAUCGUAACCGAAAACUUGGUCACCAUUGGUUCUUCUCUGGACCAUUGCAAAGUACCAGGCCGUAAGUUCGAGACUGAACUCAACGAAAACAAAAUGGAGCUUGGAAUGGGUAUUCACAAUGAACCUGGUGUCAAAGUGCUCGAGCCUGUGCCAAACACCGAGGAGUUGAUAGAAAAGGACAUGUUGCCCAAGCUUUUGGACCCUAAAGAUAAGGACAGACACUUCGUGGACUUUGAGAAGGAUGACAAAGUAGUUUUGCUAAUCAACAACCUUGGUGGUGUCUCAAAUUUUGUCAUUUCUGCAAUUGCUGCCAAGACCACAGAGUUUUUGCAGAAAAACUACGACAUUACCCCUGUGCAGACCAUCACAGGUACCUUGAUGACUUCUUUCGGCAUGGACGGUUUCAGCAUUACACUUUUGAACGCUUCCCGGGCCUCCAAGCAGCUCAAAAAAGAAUUUUCAGAGGUCGAGUGUGUCUUGCAGCUCUUGAGGGCUCCUACUGAUGCUCCAGGCUGGCCACAUAUUUGUCACGACGAUGCCAAGGCACCAGAAGUUGAUGAGUCGCAACUCAAAGACGAAAUUAAGGUCAAGCCUGCUGGAAAAUUUGAUUUCGAUCAUUUCGCCAAGAUGAUGAAAUCAGGCGCAGAUCAACUUAUCGAGAGCGAACCUCACAUCACUAAACUAGAUACGCAAGUUGGCGACGGUGACUGUGGGUACACUUUGGUAGCUGGUGCCAAGGGUAUCACCGAGAACUUGGAAGGCCUCGACAGGACCUAUCUGUCACAGGCUUUGGCCCAAAUCUCAGAUCACAUUGAAAGUUAUAUGGGCGGAACUUCGGGUGGAUUAUAUUCCAUCAUGAUUUCAGGAUUGUCGCACGGACUGAUUCAAGUUGUCAAAAAUAAAGACGACCAGGUGGACCCUAAGAUGCUGUCCGAAGCUAUGACCAUCGCCUUGGAUACUCUAUACAAGUACACCAAGGCUAGACCUGGUGCUUCAACGCUGGUUGAUGCUUUAGAACCAUUCGUCAAGGAGUUUGCGUCGUCGAACGAUUUUGCUAAAGCGAUCGAAGCCGCCGAAAAGGGUGCCAAAUCCACUGGGUCUAUCGAGGCAAAAUUCGGUAGAGCUUCCUACGUGAGUGACUCAACUGAAAUUCCAGACCCAGGCGCUAUCGGCUUUGUUGAAUUCUUAAAGGGUGUUCAAAAGAGCGUGUAA